AUGAAUAUCCAGCGUGCGCGCUAUGUCUGCGCCAAAUGCACGGCGCCGGUGCUGCGUGCUCCUGUCCAUCUCUCAUCCAGACAGGCUUCCCCGCAGUUGAAUGGACUACGAUGUUAUAGCAGCGACACCGUUCAAAAUGACCGGCCUUUUCGCGUUGCUAUCAUUGGUUCCGGGCCUGCUGGCUUUUAUGCUGCCUACAGGCUAUUGGCCAAAGUCGACAGUGCUGUAAUUGAUAUGUAUGAGAAACUGCCUGUUCCAUUUGGCCUGGUUAGGUACGGAGUGGCACCGGACCAUCCGGAGGUCAAGAAUUGUGAAGAGAAGUUCACUGAAGUAGCAGCAUCUCCCCGGUUUAAUUUUAUUGGUAAUAUUGAAUUGGGUGCGGACCUUCCUCUUCAUACUCUCAAACCUCAUUACGACGCUAUCCUAUUCUCGUACGGGGCCCCAAAGGACAAGGAACUCGGAAUCCCCGGGGAAAAAGCGAUGCACAAUGUUUACUCCGCUCGAGAGUUUGUCGGUUGGUACAAUGGUUUGCCGGAACAUCGUGAUCUUGCGCCGGAUCUCACUGACGGUGAGAAUGCUGUAAUUAUUGGACAGGGCAAUGUUGCCUUGGACGUUGCUAGGAUCCUGUUGUCGGAUGUGGACGCUUUGCGCAAGACUGAUAUUACAGAUUAUGCUUUGGAUGCACUGUCGAGGAGCAAGAUCAAGCGUGUGCGGGUAGUCGGUCGCCGAGGGCCAAUGCAGGCUGCUUUCACUAUCAAGGAGAUUCGAGAAUUACUUCAGCUGCCAUCGGUGUCAUUUGACCCGAUCCCCCGGUAUUUGUUCCCGCCGGAUGAUAUUAUGGCUUCUCUCCCAAGAGCUCAGAAACGGCUUGUACAACUCCUCGCAAAGGGAUCCACCAAUGACCCGGCAAGUAGCACCAAGUCUUGGUCUUUGGAUUUUCUUCUGUCACCGGAAUGUCUCAACUGGUCCCCGGUGCAUCCCUAUCACCUGUCACACGUCAAGUUCUCCCGGAACGAAUUGGACCCGACAGAGCCGUAUCUGCCAAGCGCCAAGGUGACAAAUAAGUACCUUGCCAGUGGUAAGCGAGCACAGGUGGAUAUUCCUGCAAAUGCAUUCUUCCGCAGUGUUGGGUACAAAUCGCUGCCUCUCCCCGGAUUAGAGGAUCUGGGCAUCCAAUUUGACACCAACCGCGGGGUGAUCCCGAAUGAUGGGUUCGGACGAACCACCAGUCCCAAAGACACAGGAGACAACAAACAGCUUCUCGACGGGUCCCUUAUUUCUCAUCUGCCAGGUCUUUAUUGCGCUGGUUGGGUCAAACGUGGCCCUACCGGUGUCAUCGCCACUACCAUGAUGGAUGCAUUCAGCACCGCAGAUGCCAUUGCAGCUGACCUGACUAACCAAUCAGGAAAGGCAUCUCUUUUAAACUCACCUGGCCGUAGCACCGGGCUUGGCUGGGAGGGAGUCCGCCCCGAGACCGAGCAGCGAGGAUUGCGUGUAACCACCUGGCAGGACUGGGAGCGCAUUGAUGCAGCGGAGCGUGAACGUGGACAACCACAGGGAAAACUCCGCUCCAAAUUCGGUCGCGUGGAAGAGAUGUUGGAAGUGAUAGGCUGA